CUCGAGCAACAUAAUAUACCAGCAAAUUCCAACCAUCUGACUUCCCAGCAGCAUCCUCAGUAUACUUUGUGUACACUGUCUAUACCCUCAGAAAACCCCCCAAUUGCGCAUCCUCCGGCAGUCGCUGGCCAGAGGCAAGGCAACAGGAAACCCAUUUCCGCAGCGAACAUCCCUAUAUCAUAUGCCGCCAGCAGCCUCCCCAUUGUCCAUCCGUCUUCCUACUGCUCCUCGACGCCAACCUCUCCUACCGCGUCAAUGAGGCAUGUCGUCGGAAGGUCCCCUUAAGCCAGAUGCCCCCCAAUUCUCUCCCGAUGACUCCGAUUCUGACCUGGAGCUUGACAUCCAAGAACUUGAUCCCAUCACAACAUCCAACCCCCCGCCUACGCGGAAGCAACGGAACCGGCAAGAAGAGCGAAGGGGAGGCAAUAUACCCUUGAGGAAUCUACGUAUGGGUGGUCUGCGCGGCCUGGGGAAACGAAAUGGAGGACCCAGCAAAUACGGAGAUCUAGGGCGAGAUAGGAAUACGGACACGGAGGACAUGCUCGGUCUGUUACCAGACGAUGCGGCGGCUGGGAGAGCAGAUCGAGAUUCGGCAGGGAGCAUCAACAGCGUGGACGCCGAUGCGCCGUUGCUUGCGGGGAGUGAGCAUCGCGGGCGAUCCAGUAUGGAUGCCCUCCACAAAGCCAAGCGCUUGGUCCGACUACCCAGUUUCCUCUCAGGCGGAUCUGCCUCACAGCCCGUCCCUGAUGAUGGCGAAACACAAGGAGAAGAACAUGACCCGGCAUCAUCUCGAAUUGUGUCAGUUGGCACCUCUCAAUCUACCCGCUUCCCUCCUAAUGCCGUCUCCAACGCGAAAUAUACUGCAAUCAGUUUCUUGCCCCGAACCCUGUAUAAUGAAUUUUCCUUUUUCUUCAACAUGUACUUUUUGCUGGUCGCGCUUUCACAAGCGAUACCUCCUCUACGGAUCGGGUAUCUUUCCACAUACAUUGUACCAUUGGCAUUUGUUCUUUCGAUCACACUGGGGAAGGAGGCGUUCGACGAUAUUGGACGGCGGAGGAGAGACACGGAGGCGAAUUCAGAAGGGUAUACGGUUCUAUGUUUUGAUAAACCGGGAGGGGGGGAUGCUGAAAGAUACCAUGCGAAGAGAAGGUCAAAAUUAAAGGCAAACAAAUCGAAUAGACGAUCGCUCGUGGAACCAGAUAGAUUGUCCGAUAUUCAAGAGGAGGAGGAGAGUGCAGAGGGCCUGGGUCCCCAGGCGCCUACUGCAAUUGUUCGGGAGGAAGUUCGGAAAUCGCGAGACUUGAAAGUUGGGGAUGUAUUGAAACUGAGCAAGGAUCAACGAGUUCCAGCGGACGUGGUCAUCUUGAAGAGCUAUACAAACGAGUCUGCUGUUGCGUCGACUGAGAUGGCUGCUACAGAUCUACCGGAAUCACUACUGGUGGAUCCUAUCUCUGAUCCCCCGAUUGAUCAGAGUACUACGACUGCUACAGAAAGCCAUGAAUCGACUUCAGAACUUGGGAACAGUCCUGCUGCUGAUGCUGGGGGCGUUGGAGAAACAUUCAUUCGGACUGAUCAACUGGACGGUGAGACGGAUUGGAAGCUGAGGUUGGGUUCGCCGUUGACCCAAACCCUCGAGACCUCCGAAUUUGUUCGCCUCCGUGUAACCGCCGGAAAGCCGGACAAGAAGGUCAACGAAUUCAUCGGGACUGUUGAACUACUACCAAAAGAUGCAAUGGGGUAUGAUCCCCAUGUAGCUUCGCAAAGUGGAAACUCGGCCCCCUUAACGAUAGACAACACUGCUUGGGCCAACACUGUGCUGGCCUCCAAUGCCACUACGUUGGCUGUCAUCGUUUACACGGGGGCCCAAACUCGAUCAGCGCUCUCAACAUCCCCAUCGCGCUCGAAAACUGGUCUUCUCGAGUACGAAAUCAACUCGCUCACAAAGAUUCUAUGCGCUCUAACUCUCACACUUUCAAUUGUUCUUGUUGCUCUAGAAGGAUUCCAGCAUGUCGAGGGCAUCGUAUGGUAUGUCAAGAUCAUGCGCUUCUUGGUCCUGUUUUCUACCAUCGUUCCAAUCAGUCUCCGGGUGAAUUUGGACAUGGGGAAGAGUGUCUACUCUUGGUUCAUCCAACGAGAUCCUGGCAUCCAGGGAGCAGUCGUUCGAACCAGUACGAUUCCAGAGGAGUUAGGCCGGAUUGAAUACCUCCUCAGUGAUAAGACGGGUACCCUCACACAAAACGAGAUGGAAAUGAAGAAGAUCCACGUGGGGACUGUUUCCUACGCCAAUGAAGCCAUGGACGAAGUGGCUACAUAUGUCAAACAAGGUUUCUCUGUUCCAACAUCAACGGACGCGAACCAUCCUUCAAUGCUCAUCACCCCUUCAUCGAUCUUGGCUUCCACUGCGGUCACGUCCACAAGAACUCGCCGCGAAAUUGGAUCCCGCGUUCGCGAUGUGGUCCUGGCAUUAGCAAUUUGCCACAAUGUCACUCCUCAGAUAGAGGAGGAGGGCGGGAAAACCAUCACUUCCUAUCAAGCUUCAUCGCCUGAUGAGAUUGCAAUCGUCAAAUGGACCGAGGCCGUUGGUCUGAGAUUGAUCCAUCGCGAUCGCAAAGGGAUGGUGCUUCAAUCCGUGGACACUGGGCGUCCUUGUGUCCGUGUUCGCAUUCUCGAAAUCUUCCCCUUCACAUCUGACGGAAAGCGGAUGGGAAUUAUUGUGCAAUUCUUGGAUGGCUCCGAAGACUCCAAGGCUAGUAGUGUCGAAGCUGGAGAAAUCUGGUUCUACCAGAAGGGCGCCGAUACUGUGAUGACUUCCAUCGUGGCCGCGAAUGACUGGCUAGAUGAAGAGACUGCGAACAUGGCUCGUGAAGGUCUUCGGACCCUGGUUGUUGGACGGAAGCGAAUGUCGUUCCAACAGUACGAAGAGUUCUCAGCCAGCUACAAGGAAGCCUCAGUGGCGCUCAACGGCCGCGACGCAGGUAUGGCACGGGUCGUCAGUCACUAUCUAGAACACGAUCUUGAGCUACUUGGUGUCACGGGCGUCGAAGACAAGCUGCAGAAAGAUGUCAAACCGUCUCUUGAGCUACUACGAAACGCUGGCAUCAAAAUCUGGAUGCUAACAGGUGACAAGGUGGAGACUGCUCGCUGCGUUGCUGUCAGCGCAAAACUGGUCGCCCGAGGUCAAUACAUUCACACCAUCGCAAAGCUGAAACGGAAAGACAAUGCGCAAGAUCAUCUCGACUUCUUGCGAUCCAAAACUGAUGCCUGCCUGCUGAUCGAUGGCGAAUCACUCUCUUUACUCCUUACCCAUUUCCGUACCGAGUUCAUAUCCUUGGCCGUCUUGCUCCCAGCGGUGGUAGCGUGCCGUUGCUCUCCAACUCAGAAGGCGGAUAUAGCCAAAUUGAUUCGAGAGCACACCAAAAAGCGGAUCUGCUGCAUCGGCGACGGCGGCAACGAUGUGUCCAUGAUCCAAGCUGCGGACGUCGGUGUCGGAAUUGUCGGUAAGGAAGGACGCCAGGCCUCUCUCGCUGCCGAUUUCAGUAUUGAGCAAUUCUGCCACCUCACCAAACUCCUCGUAUGGCACGGUCGCAACUCUUACAAACGGUCCGCGAAGCUGGCACAAUUUGUGAUCCACCGCGGACUUAUCAUCAGCGUCUGCCAAACCAUGUAUUCCAUUGCUAUAAAAUUCGAGCCCGAAGGUUUAUACAAAGACUGGCUGCUCGUGGGUUACGCAACACUUUACACCAUGGCUCCCGUCUUCUCUCUUGUUCUCGACAAGGACGUCGACGAGAACCUUGCAAACCUCUACCCCGAACUCUACCGCGAACUCACUACCGGUUCUUCACUCUCCUACAAAACAUUCUUCGUCUGGGUCUUCGUGUCCAUCUAUCAGGGCUCCAUGAUUCAAGGACUCUCCCAACUCCUCACGGAAGUGGACGGCCCGAGGAUGGUUGCUGUGUCUUUCACAGUGCUAGUGUUAAACGAGCUUUGCAUGGUGGCCUUUGAGGUUACGACCUGGCAUCCGGUUAUGGUUAUUUCUCUUAUUGGAACGCUGCUUAUUUAUGUUGCUAGCAUUCCCUUCCUCGGAGGGUAUUUUGAUUUAGGAUUUAUGAUGACUUUGGGUUUUGCCUGGAGAGUCGCGGCCAUUUCCGCGGUAAGCUUGAUACCACCAUACUCGGCAAAGUUGAUUCGGAGGGCGAUUAAACCUCCUAGUUAUCGGAAGGUGCGGGGAAUUUGAGUUUUUGAUUUUGCGGCGUAAUAAAUAGGCUCUGGGAUUGACAUUUUGGCUGCGCGGGCUGUGUAGCAUAGCGAAUGGCGCUAGGCGGUUUUGUAUAUCUAGAAUAGAUGAUUUAACAGUUGCUCACCCGGUCUUGGUACGGAUAGUUCACUGUGCGUCUUCAUCGUUUGGGGAAUUACUGGGGGAUGAUACGCAAGUGCUUGUAGGUCAACAGUGCUGGAUCAUG